AUGAAUUUUAUCAUCCUAUUAUGGUGGCAACCCUGAUAAUACACAUAAUAUUUGAGCAAUAGUGGAUACAUUUUAUUGAUACAUAUAUAUAAUAACUGUUUGACAUUUAACAAAUCCUACAAAAAAAAAGACAUAUAUUUAAAUAGAAAUGCAAAGGCAACUGACUAAUUCCAAUUAGUUAUGGGCUCGUCUGUUAGAAAUCAGAAAUAAGAAAAAAAAUGUUUAAUAUCACUAAAAAGCCUCUUAUUAAGUGUCCAAUAUGUAGAAAAAUGUUUUCAACUAUAUCAACAAUGAAGUGUCAUAUGUACUUACACACGGGCGAGCGUCGCUUUAGAUGUUUGACUUGUGAUAAAACAUUUAAUGAGCUAUGUAAAGUGAAGUGUCAUUUGUUGACACAUUCUGGGAAGUGUCCUUAUAAGUGCACUACAUGUGGAAAAUCCUUCAAAACCAAUGCCACUAUGAAGAAUCAUUCAUUGGUUCACACGAUAGAGCGUCCUCAUAAGUGCACUAUAUGUGGAAAAUCCUUCCUAACCAGCAGCUGUGUGAAGAUUCAUACAAUGGUUCACACAGGAGAGCGUCCUCAUAAGUGCAGUACAUGUGGAAAAUACUUCCAAACCAGCAGCUGUUUGAAGAUUCAUUCAUUGGUUCACACACGAGAGCGACGUUAUAAGUGCAUUACAUGUGGAAAAUCCUUCAAAACUAGCAGCCACAUGAAGAAUCAUACAUUAGUUCACACGGGAGAGCGUCCUCAUAAGUGCAGUACAUGUGGAAAAUACUUCCAAACCAGCAGCCGUUUGAAGAUUCAUACAUUGGAUCACACGGGAGAGCGACCUCAUAGGUGCAUUACAUGUGGAAAAUCCUUCAAAACCAGCAGCUGUAUGAAGAAACAUACAUUAGUUCACACAGGAGAGCGACCUUAUAAGUGCACUAUAUGUGGAAAAUCCUUCAAAACCAAGAAUGAAAUGAAGUUUCAUACAUUGGUUCACACGGGAGAGCGACCUUAUAAGUGCAGUACAUGUGGAAAAUCCUUCCAAACCAGCAGCUAUUUGAAGAUUCAUACAUUGGAUCACACAGGAGAGCGACCUCAUAUGUGCGUUACAUGUGGAAAAUCCUUCAAAACCAUCAGCCACAUGAAGAAACAUACAUUAGUUCACACUGGACAGCGACCUUAUAAGUGCAGUACAUGUGGAAAAUCCUUCCAAACCAGCAGCCACAUGAGGAAUCAUACAUUAGUUCACACGGGAGAGCGUCCUCAUAAGUGCACAAUAUGUGGAAAAUCCUUCCAAACCAGCAGCAACAUGAAGAAACAUACAUUAGUUCACACGGGAGAGCGUCCUUAUAAGUGCAUUAUAUGUGGAAAAUCCUUCCAAAUCAGCAGCCACAUGAAGAUUCAUACAAUGGUUCACACAGGAGAGCGACCUCAUAAGUGCAUUACAUGUGGAAAAUCCUUCAAAACCAGCAGCCACAUGAAGAUUCAUACAAAGGUUCAUAUGGGAGAGCGACCUCAUUAGUGCAUACAUGUGGAAAAUCCUUCAAAACCAGCGGCCACAUGAAGAUUCAUACAUUGGUUCACACUGGAGAGCGACCUCAUAAGUGAAUCCAUUUCGGUCUCAUAUGUGAUUAUCCAUCGGUGAAUCAUAUUCAUGGAUCCAUCUCGUAAAUGGCAAACUGAAACAGGUCUACGAUUUAGAAAGUGGUGAAGGAAGUCGUAAAGGCGAGCAGUAUGUAGUGUGGAAAUCAUGUGUAUCAGUAAGAUAUUUGUAUUUAAAAUACUAUAAUGCUAUGGAAAGGGAGGGAAACAGGUCCACGACGUAGGAAAUGGUGAAGGAAGUAGUAAAGGCUAGACCUUAUAAGUGUAAGCUAAUAUGCGUGGAAAAUAUUUCCACUACAACAGCCAUAUGAAGAUUCAUACAAUGGUUCACAUGGGAGAGCGACCUCAUACGUUUAUUAAUAAUAACUUCUUGAUUAUUAAUAAUGUGUGAAAAGUUUGGCAAGCCAAGUCACUCAGAUUAUUGCGAUUCAAACCUGACCUGUAAAAAAUCCAAAUAAGGAGCCAUUAUCUACAGCUUAGUAACACAAAGCAAAAAUACUACCAAAAUUCCAAAAACUACAAUACAAUGCUACAUAUGAUGCAGUUUUUGAUCAGCUUGCCAAAGACUAUAGACGGAAAGAGCUAACAAAUCUGAUAAGUUCCCCUUUGGGACCGCAUCUCACCGCACCACUUCAUCAACAAUCUGUUUAAAUUCAAACAGGAAACAGGGGCAUAAAUUACAAUUGUUAUCUACAAUGAAAAUGCUUCUGAGAAAUUAUAUAAUGAGUUACUGUAUACAGACUUCGUGAAACACUUUAGGAAACUUAUAGUGUCACUUCAAUCAGCACGACAAAAUGAAGAUUCUGGAGGCUAAACAGGCCUACCUAGUGGAAACGGACGUCCCCUGUUGGCUGAUAAAGGACAUUUACUGUCAAUGGAAGAAUAUCCUUCUCUGCCGUCCUGUAACAACAAUCCAAGUUCUGUCGUUGAUAAUUCAAACACGAUGACAGCCAAGCAAGAUACUUUAGCUGUGACUUCACCCUGCAAAUCCAACACCCCCUCGUCUCAACCCGCAGAGGCAGCCGAUACUUCAUCAUCAACAGCCCCUCAACAACCUCCUGUGUCACUGUGUACCGAAAGUGUUAAUGAAAGUGAAACCAGUGCUAGUGUUUUAGAAAAUGUAAAUUCUAAUUUUUUAGGAAAUAUACUCUAAUAGGGUUUAAAUUCUAAUUUUUUAGGAGAUACUCUAAUAGGGUAUCCUCCACUGCAUUAGACCCUCUCACAAAUAAUCCCAGAUGAAGCUCCAAUCAAUUUAAUUUAAAUUUAAUUCAUGUAAAUGUGCAAUCUUUAAGGAAUAAGUUAAGUGAAUUGGCUUUAUUAUUAGAGGAAUCACAUUGCAGCAUUGCAUUAUUGAAUGAACAUUUGCUUCUUAGAGAUGAAAUUAAGCUGUAUAUUCCCCAAGGUUAUGCUCUCGCAUAUUCCCUUUGCAGAGAGGAUGAUCCCCAUGGAGGCUCUUCAAUCAUUUUAAGUACAAAUAUUUCAUAUGAUAGGAUAGAUAUUUCACACCUUGUACACACAGGCUCAUUAAGAGCAUCAUGUACCUACAUUAAUGAUUUCAAUGUAACUUUGAUAUCUCUGUACAGAACACCUGAUUCUGAUUGUAAUUUAUUUUUUAAUUAAUUAGAGAGUCUUUUAACAUUUGU